UCCAUAAAGAUGCAGGAGAUUCCAGGUCUAUGGAACCGCCUCCCCUCUCCCCCACUUGGGUCUUUGUGCAAGUUAACAAAGAAUUGAAACCAUGAACUCAGAGAAGGGCAGAUUAUAAAUGAUAAGGUUUAUUUUAAGGAGAGUCAGGAUUCAGAGGGAAGACUAGCAUGGAAGCUCAAGCCAAAAGAAGUCUUUUCCCGGCCAUGCAGGGGGAAGAGUGAUGGAGAAAAGUCUCCCUCAGGUAGAGGUCUCUCCGGAGGAGACCUCUGGAGAAGGGGUUUACAUACUGGAAAGCAAGGCGGAGAGCUCAAGCCACAAGAUCCCGCUCACAUAGUGGAUCAAAGAAGAUGAAGAGAGAAUAAGGACUUGGAACUUGAAGAGCAGUCACACAUGUAGCAGAGGAGAAGAGCACACGGACAAAAAGAAAUCCCCUUCCCAGUCUAGCCCAGACCAAGAGAAACUUAACACAGGUGUUCCAAAAGCCUAGAAGAAGAGUUGUACACAUACGCCAGGCCCAUUCAUAUGGGUCAGACAUCCAAUUGGGAUGAGCCUCAUCCUCAGACGCCAGUGUGUAAAGGAGAGACCCGUUUGGUUGAUGAGCUCAGGAGUCUGAUUCAGAAGAGCCAGCCCACCGGUGUGCUAAGCCUGGGAAGACUUGAAGAAGAGACAGGAAGUUGUCUUUGGAGUUGUUUGCAGCCAUGUUGAAUGAGACUGGGGUGGACAGGGAUUCUAGUCCUGCCAAGGCCAGCAAGCUCCAACCCUUCUUGGAGAGGAAGACCCGAUGAUGCCAGCCAUGCUCCUGACAGCUUGGCCCCAGCCUUCCAAAUGCUGGGAUUGUAGGCAUGUGGUACCAUGUCCAACCAGACUUCAUGUUUCUCAUAAGAGUUGUCAACCUUCUACCUGCUAAAGUAAUCCUGAACGUCAAAAUUUCCAUACACUUCCAGGAACUUCAUGUGGCUCAUCCAUGGAUGUCUAUGGAAACAGGGCCUGAGCCAUGGAAUUGGACGUAGGGCAGCAGGAACCUAUUCUUUCAGAAGAUGGUGACCUUUGAGGAUGUGGCUGUAUACUUCACCCAGAUGGAAUGGGAUGGCCUGUCGCCUGCACAGAGGGCCCUGUACAGGGAUGUGAUGCUGGAGAAUUACAGGAAUGUGGCUUCCCUGGGAUUUCCACUUCUCAAACCUGCUAUGAUCUCACAACUAGAGGGAAAAGGUGAGCUGCUGGCCUUGUCUCAACUAGCCACUAGAACUGGAAUAGACCCCCAGAGCCUCUGCAGUGUAGAUAUUGAUAUCCAGACUGACAAUAAUAUAGCAAAGGAUAUGUGUGAAGAAAAAUAUAGUAUAUCAUUUGAACUUCAGAUGGACUUUUCCCAGAAAACAAACCUUUUAGAAACCUGUAUACUAGAGCAACAACAGGAAGUCCACUCUACAGGAAGUAUGAAGAGGGAAAUUAACAGUACUACUGAUGGAAGAGUGGAAAAUGAGAAAAGCUCCACAGGGGAAUAUUUAUUCAUUCAGACUCCAAAUGUUUCUCUGAAUCAUACCACCUCCAGUGAGUAUGUAGGACUGGAAAAAGCCUUCAGCUUUGACCCAACACUUCCUAAUCAUGAAAUAAUUACUACAGAAGAAAGACCUUUGAAAUGUGAAGAAUUAGUGGAAACCUUUAGAUGUGAAUCUCAAGUUAAUCAGCAUCUAGAAAACUACAAUGGAGAGAAGCCUUAUCAGUGUUCAGAGUGUGGCAAAGCCUUCACUGUUAAUGCAGAAUUAAUUUGGCAUCAGAGACUACAUAGUACAGAGAAACCUUUCAAAUGUGUGGAGUGUGGGAAAUGCUUCAGUUACAGUUCACACUAUAACACACAUCAGACAAUCCAUAGUGGAGAAAAACCUUAUCAUUGUAAGGUGUGUGGAAAAGCCUUUAGCGUUAAUGGGAGUCUAAGCAGACACCAGAGGAUUCAUACAGGAGAGAAGCCUUAUCAGUGCCAGGAGUGUGGAAAUGGCUUCAGCUGCAGUUCUGCAUAUAUUACACAUCAAAGAAUCCACACUGGGGAGAAACCAUAUGAGUGUAAUGACUGUGGGAAAGCAUUCAACGUUAAUGCAAAAUUAAUUCAACAUCAAAGAAUUCACACUGGAGAGAAACCUUAUGAGUGUCUUGAGUGUGGGAAAGGCUUCAGAUGCAGCUCUCAGCUCAGGCAGCAUCAGAGUAUACAUACUGGAGAAAAGCCCUAUCAGUGCAAUGAGUGUGGAAAAGCCUUCAAUAAUAAUGCAAAACUUGUUCAACAUCAAAGAAUCCACACAGGUGAGAAACCCUAUGAGUGCAGAGAAUGUGGGAAAGCCUUUAGUGUUAAAGGGAAGUUAAUACAGCACCAGAGAGUCCACACAGGUGAAAAGCCCUAUGAGUGUAAUGAAUGUGGGAAAACCUUCAGGUGUAACUCUCAGCUCCGACAGCAUCUGAGAAUCCAUACUGGGGAAAAGCCCUUUGAGUGUAAGGAGUGUGGAAAGGCCUUUAAUGUUAAUGCAAAAUUAAUGCAACAUCAGAGAAUUCACACUGGGGAGAAGCCCUUUGAAUGUAACGAAUGUGGGAAAUGCUUUACUUCUAAAAGAAACCUACUUGAUCAUUACCGAAUCCAUACAGGAGAAAAGCCCUUUCAGUGUAAGGAAUGUGGGAAAGCCUUCAGCAUCAAUGCCAAGUUAACUAGGCAUCAGCGGAUACAUACUGGGGAAAAACCUUUCAAGUGUAUGGAAUGUGAGAAAGCAUUCAGCUGUAGUUCUGACUAUAUUGUGCACCAGAGAAUCCAUACUGGAGAGAAACCCUUUCAGUGCAAGGAGUGUGGGAAAGCAUUCCACAUCAAUGCUCAUUUAAUCCGGCAUCAGAGAAGCCACACUGGUGAAAAACCUUUCCGAUGUGUGGAAUGUGGCAAAGGCUUCAGCUUUAGUUCUGACUGUAUUAUACAUCAGACUGUCCAUACUUGGAAGAAACCCUAUGUGUGUAAUGUAUGUGGAAAAGCUUUCAGGUUUACCUUUCAGCUUGGUCAGCAUCAGAGUAUCCAUAGUGAAGGCAAAUCCUAAAAGAAGAAUGAGGAAAUGUGAAGGUUAAUGGGAAAUGAAUAAUGUGUCAUCCACUAGUCACUUGGAAGAAAACCCUGUGAAGAGAGUAAAUAUGACAGAGUCUUCAUGUAGAGACAUACCUUUUCUGUUUUAUUCAGUUUCUUAUAAAAAAUGGAUAACCAACUAGGGGGUUAUAUAUAAAAAUAAAUAACUUGGUUUUAUUCUAGUAACUAAUUGGGAAACAUGAAAGAAAAUAUCCUAUUCCCAGCAGUAUCAGAAAAAGCAGAUUUUCUAGGAAUGAUUGUUUUUCAGGACCUGUAUGGAGAAACUUGUGCAUUUUGACUAAAGGAUACCAAAGGAAAGUUGAGUAAAAAGGGAGAGACAGAAAUUAAUGUAUUUCUGUUUAGUUUUUGGCAACAAACAUGUAUUACUUCUGUAAUGAGGAAACAAUAAAGAUUUCUUUUAAGCAGGAAAAA